AUAGAGUGACUCAUUUAGUAAUGGAAUAGAGUGUAAAAAGUAGUAUGAAUGUAGUCACUUAUAAUUUAAAAAUCUAUUUCCUAGAACUGCUGCUGUCAAUGAGAGAGGCUGAGUAGGUUUCAAACAAAAUAAGCUUGUAAUGUUAUUGUUUUGAAUCAAAAUGUCAUCAUUUGAAGAGAGUCCUAUAAUCAAUGCUGAUAUUGAGGACGACGUUACGAAUAGUCGUAGAAAUCUAGUAGAAAAUGAAUUGGUGGAAGAAACAACUGGGUGGGUGAAAUGUCGGACAGUUCUGGGUAUAAUGGGUUUUCUUGGUUUUGCCAUAGUAUAUGCUAUGAGAGUGAAUUUAUCAGUUGCAAUUGUUGCCAUGGUGAAUUCCACUACACCCCAACCAUCAAAUGAUUCCUCAUUAGAUGUAUGUGAAGCCAAUCCUGUUAGUAAUACAACUAAACCUACAAAUGGUGAAUUUAAUUGGACAGAACAGCAGCGCAGUCUGGUUUUAGGUUCAUUCUUUUAUGGUUACGUUCUAACACAGAUACCGGGUGGUCGAAUAGCAGAAUUAUAUGGUGGGAAACUUGUCUAUGGUUUAGGUAUAUUCUUCACUGCAGUAUUUACAAUAUUAAGUCCUAUUGCUGCAUAUACGAACUUCUGGUUCUUUAUAAUUGUACGAGCCCUGGCAGGAUUGGCUGAAGGAGUCACAUAUCCUGCCAUGCAUGCUAUGCUUGCUAAAUGGAUCCCACCUCUGGAAAGAUCCAAGUUUGCAGCUUAUGUUUAUGCAGGUUCAAAUAUUGGAACAGUGGUCACAUUACCAAUAUCAGGGUGGCUAUGCACACUAGAGUUUGCAGGUGGAUGGCCACUCUGUUUUUACAUUUUCGGUGGACUCGGAGUGGUGUGGUUUAUUGGAUGGCUCUUCCUCAUCUACGAUUCACCACAAAAACACCCUAGGAUAUGUCCUAAAGAAAUUGAAUAUAUUGCAGGAAGCAUAGGAAAUGCAGAGGAAGAAAAACCCUCAAUGCCGAUACCAUGGUGCAAGUUCCUGACGUGCGUUCCGCUGUGGGCCAUCCUGAUCGCGCAAUGCGGACAAUCGUGGGUCUUCUACACUCAGUUUACAGAAAUGCCUACUUAUAUGGACAAUAUUCUGCAUUUCGAUAUAGUAUCUAACGCUGAACUGAGUGCGCUGCCGUAUUUAACGGCUUGGAUCGGCGGUGUGGUUCUGUGCACGAUCGCGGACUGGACUAUUGCUAAAGGAUGGAUCAGCCGACUCAAUAGUAUGAAACUCUGGAAUACUGUUGCUGCGUUCUUGCCUGCGUUCGGCAUCCUCGGCAUCGCGUGGGCCGGCUGCGACAAGUUUGCGGUCAUGUUGCUGCUAAGUGCAGCCUCGGCUUUCGGCGGAGCGUCUUAUGCGGGUAACCAAAUGAACCAUAUAGAUCUGUCGCCGCAGUUCGCGGGCACGAUGUACGGUAUAACGAACGCAGCUAGCAACGUGUGCGGCUUCAUGGCGCCGUACGUUGUCGGGCACAUUAUAAAGACAGAUCAGCAAACCCUGGGUCAGUGGCGUGAAGUCUUUUAUCUCGCGGCCGCUAUCGAUCUCGGAGCGAACUUGUUCUAUUUGUUCUUCGCCAGUACCGAGGAGCAGGAUUGGUCACGUCCGGACAACGACGACAUGACAGCAUCAGCCCCGGUCGAAAGUAUUUUGUUCCCAGAGUCGUAGUGACAGCCCUCACCGGCUGCGCCCCACGCCGACACUCCGCUGUAGCCGCGACCUUGUGCCGUCAUACUAUGUACAAUCAUAACGACUACAAUACAGUGAUACUAUAAUAACAGUAAUACCUAGUAUAUCAGGUAAUAUGUUUAUUAACAAAACGAUAUUCGGUGUAGUAUAAUGUGAAAUGGUCUUUAGACGUUUUAAUGUCUUGUAGCUCAAAAUCAAUUAUUAUUAAUAGACAAUUAUAACUACUACCAUACAGUGACGCUAUAAUAAUAGUGAUACCUAGUAUAUCUGGUAAUAUGUUUAUUAACAAAACGAUAUUCGGUGUAGUAUAAUGUGAAAUGGUCUUUAGACGUUUUAAUAUCUUGUAGCUCAAAAUCAAUAUUAAUAGACAAUCAUAACGACUACCAUACAAUGAUACUAUAAUAACAGUAACACCUAGUAUAUCAGGUAACAUGUUUAUUAACAAAACAUGAUUCGGUGUAGUAUAAUGUGAAAUGCUCUUUAGACGUUUUAAUGUCUUGUUGCUCAAAAUCGAUAUAUUAUUAUUAAUAGUAGAAUUCUGUGUGUUUUCUUCAGAUUCCUAUUGCAUUUGUUUGGAUGUCGUUAGAAUUUGCAAAUCGUAAUACAUAUUUAUGCCUAUAAACCCGUGCGUCCCGUCAGGAACGGAAUUUCUUACUUUCGACGCUCUUCGAAGAUAAGCAUAUGAUUUCAUUCUUAACGCCACUAUCAUAAGGUCCAAAUUUAUAAAUAUAGAUUUAUGAGUACUUUAGUCUUUACCUGAUUAUGUUUUAAGGCCAGAUUUGCGUACGGUUAAGUCAAGAGAUAGGGUUUUAAUAUUACGUGACAGAUUCUAUGAGUGAAUCUUUAUCGAGUUAAGCAAAAUCCCUUCGAACAAGACUAAUUUAUUAGUUUUUCAAGCCCUAUGAGACUAUGGAUACGUAUUAGCGAAUAUUAAUGCGUGUAUUAUCAUGGCAACGUUUCAAUGAUUGUACUUAUAAUUUGUAUGUGCUAAUAAAGACGUGGAGUCGGUUACGACUAUAUCUUUUGAAUCUAGCACAAAACUGAAUUAAAAUAUAUUACGUAUUUAAUACGUUAAUUAGUUAAGUAGAUUCAAUUUGAAUGUUAAUGAUACGAUUAUUAUGAUAUUAAAAGAUAUUCCUUUGUAAUCUAGUUCCAUGUUUAUUACUGAUUACAAAAAAAUGUAUCAUUAGUGAUGUACAUAAUAUUUCUUUAUUGGUGUCAGUGUGCUUAGUGCGAGUUCUUUAACGCUCUCGAUAGCGUAACAGUUAAUUCAAAUUUGUAUGGAGUUGGAACGUUUGCCUAAGUUUGCCGCUAGGGGCGCUGUUCCGAAUGCAUACAAAAUUGGGUUAACUUUUACGCUAUCGAGAACGUUAAAAAACUCGCACUAAGCACAGAGGUCGCGAUGUGAGUUCGUACGGAGUGAAAUCACUUGCCUGAAAUCACUUGAAAUCACUUGCUAUUUCUGUGAACCUACGCGAGUAACAAUAUUACAUAUUACAAUGCUAUUGCAACUUUAAUCCUUGGCUCAAGUUUGAUGCAGGCAUGUCUGAAAACCGCCUAACAUCAGAUACGUCAUUGCUUUUUUUUGCCUACCUACACUAUUAGAAAAUGCUUAUCUUUGACUGCGAUUGAAGAGUAAAAUAAUUAUAGUAGAAUUAUUUUGUCCGUUCAGUUUGGGUCAUAAAAAAUCGGAGCGGUGCAGCGAGUAUUUCGCUCUCUCUUCCACUCACGAGCCUAUGGACGGGCAUAGUGAUGCGCAUUAUUGUUGUCGAUAAGCGUUAUCGAUAGUGUAUUUAGUUUUGUCAUUUUGUGGGCUAGUGAUAAAAAUGAAAGAAAAAAUCACUAAUCGAACACUUACAUCACAUAUCGCCACAGCAAGUUAACGAGAACGGCAGACAUUAAUCGGGAUCUAUUCUCAUUUCAGUGAAAAAUUUUAACACAUUGUUGAUAAUAAUAACACGUGCUUGUACUGAUAUAUUUCAGUCGGAUGAUUUUUUUUUGUUUGUAAGGUAUUAUUGCGAAUAGAGAAAUAAUAGGAAAUAAUGUGUGUAGAUAUAUGUGUUGACAUACACUGGUAUUAUACUUAGCUGACGUCGAGAUAUGAUGAGGAUUACCAGUGAGACAACUACUGCUACUGUGAGGUAUGUUCUUGUCCGCCAAAGAUAAUUAGAUAAUUCACUAAAAUAAUACUUUUUUUAAUUAGGUAAAAAUGUAAAGGCUUUUUCACAUGGCCAUGGUGAUAUUGGUGAAUCUAAGAUAUAUAUAUUUUUUUGUGUACAAGUAAAGGACUCGCCUGACGUCCUAACUGUUGAAAAACAAUUAAUCGAAACUAUUAUAAUAUAUCCGAAACUCAAUCGUUUUAUAAUUAAGUAUCAUGUGAUAUAGUUAUAUGGCGUAACAUUUAUUUGGAAAUAAUACAAUUGAAUUCAAUACUGGUAUUUGAUGUCGAAGGCAAAAUUCUAUUGGUUUCGAAGUAUAAUAUAGGCCCGAAAGAAUUCAUCACAAUUGUUAUGGCAUGUGAAAAGUUAUAUUAAACAGUAUAAAUAUAUUUAAAAGAAAUUAUAGUAUAAUUAUUUUAAAAUGUGGGUAGCUUAAUAUAUAAACUCUGAUAAUAAAGGGGUGCUCUGUGUCAGUAAACUAUGACAAUACUUUUCAAUUAAUUCUUUAUACAUGCUAUGUACCGGAUAUUAAUCACUUAAUUCGCCAUUAGUAUUUUACCUCAUAUAUGAUUGAGAAUGAAACGAUAACUUAAAUAAGACAUAAGCUAGAAAUUACUGUUGCCGACAGAAGCACACGAAAGUAUACGAACAAAGGGAAUAUGUCUUUAUUUUAUUAUUAUUUUUCGCCUGGUAUUAGAUGUGUGUAUAUCCAGAUAUCACCAUCCCGCUUGAGGCAUGAGGUCGUAGUCUCAAUUGUACUGUAUAACGGCUUCAACCGGGUACGAAAAAUUGCGUCGCGGCAUAAACUUAUGAUUUUAACUUAUGCUAUUGUUUUAUUAACCAAAUAAUAGAUGUGGGGAAAUUAAAAAAAAACCGUGUCUUAUCGGGUUCAUCCAAAAAAAUCGUGGAACUCUUAGUAAAUAUUAAUUGUUUUACUGAGAGGUUAUUCAUUUCAUCUAACAGCUAUUUUAUCUCAAUUAUAAUUCCAUUUCUUUCGCUUUUAAUACAACACAUUAGUCGCAGGAUUUUGUUACAUAAGAUUUAGCUGUACGAAUUACAUUCUCUUUGUCUGCCCCAGUAGAUGAAAGGACUAUUAAAAAAAAACUGCUUCCGGGAACGAUUCCCUUUCACUGUUUAUGUUCGAUUAAUAUAUUCAUCUCAGAAAUGCAAAUACAUAAAUGUGAAUUAAUACGAAUACGUGUACAGGUAACCUUCCUAUAACACGGUAAAUACGUUUGCCACUAAGUCCCGUGUUAUGCGAAAUCGUGUUAUAUGACACUAGAAGCCACUAGGAAAAGUUUUUUUUUUAUUCUACCUACGCUGAUAGCCUUGAGAGGCUAUUUCAGCUUCACCUUAACAUGUAGGUGACUUUAUGUAGGUUGACAUGUAGGCUACUCAUGGGACUCAAACCAGAAGUGUUGCUAACACUGGCCCUAGCAAGAUCCGUGCUUCGCAGAAUCUACCACCGGAUCGGAAUCGCGACCCACUGAGAAGAUCCGGCGAGAAACUCAGUGGCCUGUGUCUAUGGGUUUAGAAGGGUAAUAUGCUAUGUCUGUAUGUCUUUUUUACCUAACAUUAAAACAAGUUGUAAAGUUUCGGUUACUCCAAUAUUGUGUGUUCAUAUAGCAUAAUGUAAUUUUCUAAAUAAUUUUCAACAAAAAAUUCGUGUUGUAAAAGUACCGUAUUAUAAGAGGGUUUUGGAGAUUUUUCUUUUCGUGUUAGAGAGGAACCGUGUUGUUAAAGGAGUAGUUUUGACAUAAAUUUUUAUUUUUAUUUUAUUAUUACAUACCUAUUAUUAUUUUUAUUUUAUUCCGAAAUUGUAAUUAUUGUUUUUAUUUAGUUUUGAUAUUCUAUAUUAUUAUGAAAUGUUAUUGUUAAUGAAUGUAAUAUAGAUGCAAAAUCUGAAGUAAAUGAAAUAAAUAAAUAAAAUAAAAUACCGUGUUAUAGGAGGGUUGCCUUUAUUUGAAAACAAGUAUUAUAAAUAUUUAAAAUAAAUUGAAUUAAAAUUAAAUCAUAGAGAUCUUUAGUAUGGAGCGUUAUUUUGCUCAGCAGUACUGAAAAAUAUAAUAACGCUUCAGCCUAUAUUAAGCAUACGUUAUAACAAAUUAGCUUUUUGAUCAGAGAAGAAAUCAAAACAACAUUCGUAUUGAUUAAGCACUUAUUAAGUCUCUGAAAUAAAACUUAUUAAUAUUAGUUGUUAAAACGGUAACAUCUCUAUUAAUGUAAGUACGUGUAAUCUGAAACAAUUUUAGUGAAGCACUUAAACGAAUAACAAUGAGAAAAAAAAUACGCUGUUUAUUUGAAUUAAUAAUCUAUAAUCAUUCCAAAAAUAUCUUAGUUUAAAUAAUAUACUUUGUUUUAAACGAAACUUUUUAUCCUUUAAGGGUAUUUCAGGCUGCAAUAUAAUUAGAUUAAACUUUUAUCAAGUAUCACAAAUAUUGAUAAGCUAUUUAUAUUAGAUGUGGUUUUGAAAAAAAAAGACUAACUAUGAUGUCUUGUGUUUGUUUGUCGACUUAAGAAAAUCUUUGUUUUCGAAAUUCAUCCAAAUAUACAAACACGCUAAUUAUAUAGGCACGUCUUCUGCAUAGAACAAUUUAUUUAUAUUAUGUUAUUAGCAUGUUUUAAUCAAUUCAACAAAACCAGUAUUCGCAUACGCUGUGAAUUUCUAAAUCAAGUCUAACUUUGAUACAAAAUAAUUAGGGAUAGCUAAAUAAAAUAGUAAAAACUGAUACCUUUAUUAAUAUCAUGACGUCUAUAUUUAUAAAACAUUUAGCCUAAUCUAUACACGAUCUGCAUUAAAUUUUAUCGAAUCUAAUACAUUUCUUGACUUAUUGUUAAGUAUAUUUCGUAAUUGAAUGUAUGUUAAUCUUGUUUACAUUUAAUUUGCUGUGAUUAUAAUAUUGGCAGAGAAUAAAAUAAAAUAAAAAAAACUAGUUUUUAAAUGUUUUGGUAAUGUCAUUGUAUGUAAUAUUAUGUAAAUUAUGAACAUAUAUUUUUGUGACGAACACAAAUAAAUUUUUAAUAAAUUUAA